AUGUGCACCCUGGUCGCGAUUCUCCUCGUGACGGCUCUGUCGGUGGCGACCGCGGUACCAUCCGGCUACUUGGGCCAUGGCGCAGCGUUAGCCGGUCCGAUUCUGGGGCCAGCUACCCUCACCGGACCUGCUAAUGGCCCAUCAGCCCUUGCCGGACCAGUAGUUGGACCUGCGCGUCUCUCCGGAGCCGUCGACGGCGGUGCUGUUGUCACCGGUGCGGUUGCUGGACCCUCGGUUGUUUCCGGUAGCGUCGCUGGACACACCGCGGUGGUCGGCCCGGCUCUCGGCUACGCAGCACCAGGGUUGGGAUGGCCGGCUUAUGGCUCAUACGGAGCAGUGCUGGCGGGCCCCGCUGUAGGGCCAGCGGCUCUCGCCGGACCGAUUGCGGCUCCAGCCCUCAUCGCAGGCCCAUCCGGUAGCAUCGCUGCUGGACACGCUGGAUUAGGCGGUAUCGUUCGCGGCUAUGCAGCUGGACAUUGGUAA